GUCGUAUUGAGUAUUGAAGACCGCCGUAGCCGAAUAUUUUGUUACCUCAAGGCCACGUUUUGUUUUUGGUGAUGCUCAGCCAGAAAAAGCCCCAUAAAGAAGGAACUAAGAGUGAAAAGCUCAUUCAUGAAGAAAAUGUACGGACACUUAAGUUCUAUCGCUAUCUGUUUCUUUCCUGUUAUACAGUUUAUUUCGUUAUCACUUUAACAUUUUUCUGGUCAACCUAUACAAAACGUUACAUAACGUUAUCACUAGGCUGCUUCGGUGCUUGUUUAGCUGCCUAUAAAUUUAUGUCCUACAUGGCUUCACCAUCUUACGCUGUCAACGAAAGGGGAACUCGUCAAUUGGUGGAUGCUGGCCUAGAUUUAAAUAUAGGAUCCGGCGGACUCGGAGAACAAGCUAAAGAUGCAAUAAUCAUGUGCAGUUUAGUCACUAUAUUAAGCUUAAUUCAUCAAUAUUUCUGGUUCCUCCUAUUAAUUGUAAGUAUUGCAUUGACUUCGUUUCUUGUUUAG